AACAGGAAGAGACAGGCGGAGACUGCGGGAGAGAGUGACCCCCAGCACAGUGAGACAGUCUGACACCGAGACCACAGCUGGUAUCGUGAUGGCGAUGCGUGGAUUGGUAGAUACGGAAUGUGGGGGGUCAAACCCCCUCAUGCAACUGACCGGUCACUUUACUCAGGACAAAGGUCUGCGGCAGGAGGGGAUUCAGCAUAUAGCGUGGACUCCAGGUGCCAGCACGGUCGCCAAGCCGAUUGGUGAAGCAACAGAAGAUGAGCUUGUAUCAGAGUUCCUGCAGUCUCGUACACCCUCCCUGCAGUCUCGGGCACCUCACACCUUUAAGAUGGAUGGUCUCUUAGCGGAGAUGCAGCAAAUAGAACAGAGCAGCUUUAGGCCUGAACCCUUGCGAGCACCUGGUGUGGCAGACCUGGCAUUGUCACAGCACUGGACAGAAGAGUUUUUCACAUCAGAGCCAGAUCCUGUGGUGGAAGACUGGAGCCGAGAGUUCACUGAGGAGGCAGACCCUCUGUCCUCCCCAUCCCGCUGGGCGGAAGAAUAUCUGCAACAGUCAGAAGAGAAGCUGUGGCUGGGCGAGAGUGAGGGAGCGAUGGCGCAGAAGUGGUGUGAGGAGUAUCAGCCGGACGACGAGUUGCAGAGAGAAGCUAAAUCCCUCUUGUCACAAGUGAACGAUCCGAAGCUGACCAAUAGCCAGUUCCUACAGUUUGUGAGGAAGAUAGGGGAUGGCGAGCUGUCUCUCUCUCACACGCCGGGCGCUCCCUCCCAGGUGGUCUCGCAGGCAGAACGGUGGUCAGAGCAGUUUGUACAAGAGCAGGCUGAUGCUGAGCGAUGGGUCGACCAGUUUGCUCCGCUGGAGAAGGACUAUGAGAAAGCAAAGGCUGGUGUUGAGGUAACUGCUAGUUUCUUUGGAAUAUAG